CAUAUAUAUAGUGUAUGUGCAUCUAUCUCUGUCUCGGCUCCAAAAUUCUGAUUUCUGGUCCUCAGUAAAAAGCCUAUCUCACACUCUCUCUCGAGUGUUAACUACCUUCCAAAAUCUCUAAUCCAACCGACAAAUUCCAAGUUUCCCACUUGGAAACCCUGAUUUUUCCAGCUCUUUAAGCCAAGAACCUAGAAGCCACGAAUCUCUGUUCAUAAAUCCAGAUAUGUUCCAAAUCUAAGCCUCGCUCAGAUCGCCAGAUUCCCAGAUUCGAGUAACCCUGAACUGAGGAGCUGAGAUCGAGAAGCUUUGAGAGUUGCAGAAGCUGAGGAGGAAGUGAAAUCUGCAGAAAAAAUGGCGGGUUUCACUAUGAGCCUGAACUUGCUGCUCCUCGUGGCCAUGGUUGCCACCAAUAUCCUCUCUCUCUACCAUCUAUCCUCCACCGCCACCUUCUUCCAGUCCGCCGUCAACCGGCCUUCGGCUCCGCCUGUCCCCGACCACCUCCUCCGACAGCUCCACACCAUUCGCGCCGCCAUCAGCCACCUCACCACUCACCAACCCGAUAAACCUAAACCCUCCUCCACCGACGCGUCGGCAUCACGCGCCGCCGCACCUCCCAAGGACCUCCUCCUCUACUCUCAACUCUCUCCCAUCGCCUCCGCUUGCCAUAACCACCCUGAUCUUCUCCACCAGUACAUGACCUACACGCCGUUCUCUCUCUGCCCUUCAGAUUCCGACCUCGUCGAGAAGCUCAUCCUCCGAGGAUGUCACCCACUUCCUCGCCGCCGCUGCUUCUCCCGAACGCAGCGGAAUCCGUCGGUAACGAAUCCCGAUUCGAAUGUAAUAUGGUCUUACUACUCCUGCAAGAGUUUCUCUUGCUUGACCUCCAAAUUCCCUGAUUUGGGUUUCGAUCUAUCCCUCGAGAAAUCCAAAUCCCAGUUCUCAUCUUACAAAUCCGAGCUCGAUCUCCCGAUCUCGCAGCUUCUCCAGAUCGCAAAGUCGUCGAAUUCCGUCCUGCGGCUCGGGAUCGACAUCGGGGGCGGAACCGGGUCGUUUGCUGCGGCGAUGAAGGCUCGAAAUGUCACCGUUCUGACGACGACGAUGAACUUCAACGCGCCGUACAGCGAGGCCGUGGCGCUGAGGGGAUUGGUUCCUGUGCACGUGCCGUUGCAGCAGCGGUUACCGAUUUUCGACGGCGUGGUAGACUUGGUUCGGUGUGGAAGAGCCGUGAACCGGUGGAUUCCGGUGACAGUGAUGGAGUUCUUCUUCUUCGACGUGGAUCGUGUUCUUCGCGGUGGUGGGUUUCUCUGGUUGGAUCGGUUCUUUAGCAAAAGGGUGGACCUUGACAAGGUUUACGCGCCAAUGAUUGGGAAAUUGGGAUACAAGAAGGUGAAAUGGGCGGUGGCGAACAAGACGGAUACUAGCGGGUUGAAGAACGGUGAAGUCUUCUUGACGGCUCUGCUCCAGAAACCGGUCUCAAGAUGAGAAUUUUUCCGACAUUCUUUGAGAUCACCGUGCCAAAUCCCGAUAUACAGACAUACACACACAUGUUUGCAUCAGAUAGCUUCAGCACUCCAAGACAGAUUCUUCUUCGACAAUUAAAGACAUGAAGUUUUCGGCUCCACUCUGCAAACGGCGGACUAGAGAGCUUUAGACAGGAUUCUGUCUUUUGCUGUAAUUGAGUGACAAGAAUUGGUCAUGACACAGAAUCAAUGCUUUAGGAUUUUUUUUUUUUUUU